AUGGCCACUUCACGGGUGGCAAAGGGCAUCCUCUGGGGCACCAUCGGCACGAAUAUCUACAUCUGGGGCAAAUGGCAUGUCAUACCUGACAUGGAGGCCGCAAAGCAGGGUCGGGAUUCACGAGCUUAUAAGAGGGCAGUAACGAGACACCACGAAUACAUGGUCGACAACUACACACUCUCCCGAAAGAACAUCGCCGAGGGCCGCUGGUGGACCCUCCUUACCUCGGCCUUUAGCCACUACGACCUGGCUCACCUGGGCAUUAACAUGCUUGUCCUUCACAGCAUAGCUUCAUUAGGCUUCUCGAGGGCGAUAGGCCUCGGGCCCGUCCGGAUGACCAUCCUGGCCCUCGGCUCGGCGGCCGGCGGGUCCCUCGGCGCCCUGUAUGACUAUCAGCAGAGCGCUCAGGCCGGGCUGCCGGAGUCGCGCGGGCUCGGCGCGUCGGGCAUGGUGGAGGGAAUCAUGAUGGCUACUAUGCUUGCCCAGCCACGGUGGCCGAUGAUGGUCUUCCCCAUCCCCGUCUCCAUCCCGUACUGGGGCGUCGUGGCGGCCUUCGUGGGCUACGACAUGUAUCGGCUGUACGAGGAGAGGAAGUCCGGGCAGAGGCACGUUAACUGGAUAGGCUCGUACACCGGCUACGCGGCCCACCUGGGCGGCGCCGUGUUCGGGACCGCGUUCUACUUCUUGGCGAUGAGGAGGGGCAUGCUUCUUCGCAGGGCGGCUUGGCUUCAGGGGCGGCGGUGA